AAAAAAAAACGUAGCCUUCAAGUGAGAGAAAGAGAACAACGAGAGCUGAAGUUUACGGUUGUUCCGUCAUCGAAAGAUUUCUUCUGCUCUUCCCAUUUCACCCUUCUCUACUCCCUCUUAUUUACACCCUCCACCAAUCUCAUCCAUCGUCGGUUCACGCCGUUUCACCAUUUCACCCUCCCCUAACACUUUCUCACGCGCCGCGUUUACAAAGAGAGACUUGUUCUGUUUGAUCUACAAGGAGUGAAUUUGAGUAGGUGAAAGAUGAAUCGGAGCUUUAGGGCUCAGCAAGAAACGACAACGCAAGCGGCUGUUUUGAAACAGCGGAAACAGUUAAGAGCUUCGACGAUGAAAGAGAAAGAGGAAGAACUCGCAUUGUUUUUCGAGAUGCGAAAACUUGAGAAAAAACAAAGUCAUCUUCUUCUUAAUCACUCCUCUGAAGACUUCGAUGCUCCUUUAGGAUCUAGACCCGGAACUUUGCCGAUAUUUAAUCUUUCAGCAUCAACAGCGACUCCGGUGAGAAAGACGGCCGCCGCUGUCGAUGAUUUUCUUAAUUCUGAUAGUGAUAAAAAUGAUUAUGACUGGCUUUUAACACCUCCAGGUACUCCACUUUUUCCUUCCUUGGAGAUGGACUCACAAAAGACUGUAAUGAGUCAGAUUGGCACUCCUAAGGCUUGUUCGACUGCCUUGAAGUCUAGAUUAGCAAAUCCCCAGCCUGAAUCUUCUGCUGCCAGGGGAAACUUAGCACUGAAUCAACCGGCUUUGUCACCUGGAUUGAGUUCCAUCGGGACUCGGAGGCCUUCAUCAUCUGGGGGUCCAGGUUCAAGACCUGCAACACCCACCAGACGCCCUACAUUGACUGCAUCUAAACCUACGAGAUCAUUAACACCAACGUCCCGGGCCACAAUACAGUCAACUAAACCAUCAAUUUCUGCAUCUGAGCCUGUGACAUCUGCAGCAAAGCCUGUAACAAAACCUUUAACUUUGUCAACUAAGCCCACAGUUUCUGCAGCCAAGAGUCCGUCUCCUGCUGUUAAGCUCACAGUUUCUGCAAGAUCCUCCACACCAACAAGGUCCACAGUGAGGUCUUCGACGCCAACUGCAAAACCUUCUUUACCUUCAUCCAAACCUGCAUCAAGAGCUGCUACACCAACUCGUCGGCCAUCAACUCCAUCAAUUACUCCUAACAUAUCUGCUUCUCCAACUAAAGCAUCCUCUUCGGUUACAAAACCAACUCCUGCAGCAUCUAGAAAUUCUGUACCAUCAUGUGGUGCUGCUCCGACUGUAGCAUCUAGACCAUGGAAGACUUCUGAGAUGCCUGGUUUCUCUCUUGAUGCUCCACCAAAUUUAAGAACCACUUUACCUGAUAGACCACUUUCGGCCACCAGAGGUAGACCUGGGGCACCAAGUGCUCGAUCUUCUUCUGUUGAGCCAGGUGCCAUUGGUAGACCAAGACGGCAAUCAUGCUCUCCUUCAAGAGGACGUCUCCCCAGUGGUAAUAAGCAUUUAAGUGGCAGCUCUGUACCUGCAGUAAGUCGCGGAUAUUCCAAAGUUAGUGACAACGUGAGUCCUGUUGUUAUUGGAACUAAAAUGGUUGAGAGGGUGAUAAACAUGAGGAAAUUGGCACCACCCAAGCCAGAUGAUAAACAUUCUCCUCACGGUAACUCUUCCACGAAAUCUGAAUCACCAAAUAGUUCAGGCUUUGGAAGAAAUCUUUCAAAGAAAUCAUUGGAUAUGGCAAUAAGGCAUAUGGAUAUAAGGCGAAGCAUUCCUGGUAAUUUGCGGCCACUGAUGACAAAUAUUCCUGCAUCGUCUAUGUACAGUGUGAGUUCUGGUCAUCCACGAGGCAGAACUAUUAAUGUCUCGAACUCCCCCCUCGCUACAAGCAGUAAUGGUAGUUCAGAGCUUAGCAUCAAUAAUGGCAAUUGUUUAGACGGGAGUGAAGUAGAAGACGAUGUCGGUUGUGAGAGAGUUGGUCGAUCCCCUACCAGUGUUCGUGCAAGAUGAUAGUGCGUUCAACCUUGAGAUAUGGCCAUACAUUAUUGUUUUAAUUUCUCCAAGAUUUAACAUUUGGUGGAGAGAACUUAUUUCCAGGAAGAACCGAGUAUCAAAAUCAUUAUUCUACUAUGAAUGUGAAGCUAAUUAGAUUUGUUUACUGUUGUGUAAUGCACUACCUUUUGUAAUAUUAGGUAAGCCCAGGUGGAUGCUAAACAUAUUUCUUCAA